GAUAUAGGAAGGCCUUGGCUAAUACAGGGCCAACAUCAAGGCAGGAAGGGGAAACAGAGAGAGCGUGUAGAUCUCCUACUCACUUGAGAGAUGUCAGGGCCAGCAGAAGAGCUACCUUUAGAGUCAAAAGCUGCUCUGAAAAGGGACCACAAUAUUUGGAUGAAGGUACAUUCACAGUACUUCAGUGGCGAUGGUAGAAGUGUAUCAGGUGCAGUAACAUUACUGGCAGAUUUAAACACUGUAUACAUUUACCUCACUUGGCUGAGGGUUUUAUCUAAAGCUGAGCAGUUAGGGGCUGAGGGUUAGGGGCUUUUCCAAACAGUGGCAGCCUGGGGUCUGAACUCAUGCCCUACUGAUCAGUAUCCUGUCUUAACCACUGUGUUUACCUGUGAGGGCGAGUCCACAUACAGCAAUUUGUCAGUGGUAAGGCUGCAUCAGUCUUUCAUUCUGCACAAUAAAGGGCAAACCACCUGCAUGUCAACACAGGCUUCAGGGUGAAACAUUUCUACGGGCGUCCUCCAGUUUGCUUGGUGUCCAGAAAAGCUGAAAAGACUCGUGCAGCCCAGCCAGGGACGCCAAAUUGUCAUGGAAAUUAGACAACACUCGCAGACUCAUCCUCUGAAGAUACAGAGCAUUUCAGAGAUCAUCAACGAUGUCCAAAGCAACCAAGCGCAAGCAUGUUGUCAAGGAAGUUCUGGGGGACUACAUCACACCUAAUGAGAAACAGCAGAUUAUGAGGAUUAUGGGAAGCAAUGGCAAUAACCUUCAUGAGGCUGUGACUGAGAGUGGUGAGAGAUUUCUGCUCAGCAUGCCCACAAAGUUCCGCAAGAACAUUUCGAUCAAAAGAGGGGAUUUUGUUAUUGUAGAUCCUAUUGAGGAAGGUGACAAGGUGAAAGGAGAGAUCAACUUCAUUCUGUACAGGGACCAUAUUCACUAUUUGAGGAAACUUGGCAUCUGGCCUAAAGGAUUCGAGGUGGGUGGGGUAAGAAAGCAGAUGCAGGAAGAAGCGCAGAAAAAGGAUACUAAAAGCAAAGAUCAAGAUGAGGGAGAGGACGAGUGCGACAGCAGUGACUCUGAGGAUGAACGGGACCUUUUCGUAAACACAAACCGAGCCACUGUGCAGUACAGUGAGAGUGAUGAAGACUCAGAUGAAGAAGAGGAGGACAAAGAUGAGGAAGGAGCAGUGAACAUUUAGCGAAUUCUGCACAUCUCAUCCUGUGAUGACCUUUACAAAAGUUGUGAGAGUUUAGUUCCUUCACUUAUUUUUGAAGUCAUUAGUAUCUAUACACCUACAAUAAUUAAUUCAUUAAUCAAUCAUGUUAAACAUCAGACUUUAGAUGCAGAUUAAAAAAGAUUGUCAGUGGUGGAUCAAUUGACUUUGAAACGACAACAUAUAAAGGAUUCUUUCUCUAUGCAUAUCGGGUUAUAUAUUUCAAGAUGAUCUGGUUUGUUGACAAAAAGAUUUUUUUUU